AUGGGGUCUGAUCCGCAGUACGCCAAGUGGCCCUUGUUGCCGCUGUCGCAGCACGUCUUCACCCUGACCAACAGCUAUGCCAGCAAGUCGUCCCAGCAGGCCGCCGUCAAGGCCCUGCAGGAUGCCAUCCUGGAGGACAAGAUGGCCCCCUUCUACCGCUACCUGGCGCACCCCGUCGACGGCGUGCUCAACGGCAUCGGCGAUGGCGGCGCCGUCCCGGGCAAGCCCCUUGGCAGGAAAUCAAGCCUGGUCGGCAUGGUCGCCACCAAGACGUCGGCCUCGGGCGUCAGCCUCCCCUGGGACGAGGCCCUCUACAACAGGCUGACGGAGGAGAAUGAGAAGGAGCUCGAGGCCCUCCAGAAGGAGGAGGACGAGGCCGUCGAACAGGCCGGUGACACAGAGGUUAUAGCCGCCAAGGGAAAGCGGGCAGAGCUUUUGGCCAGAGUGGGCGACAAGGACAAGGCAAUUGCCACCUGCGAGGCCGUCUUUGAAAAGACAGGCAUCCUCGGCACCAAGAUCGACCUCGUCCUGGCCAUAAUACGUAUCGGGCUCUUUUACGGCGACAAGCCCCUUGUCAAGAAGAACGUCGAGCGAGCCAAGGCCCUUGUCGAGAGCGGCGGCGACUGGGACCGCCGCAACCGCCUCAAGGCCUACGAGGGGCUGCACCUGCUGACGGUGCGGUCGUACAACCUGGCCGCGCCGCUCCUGCUCGACUCCCUCUCAACCUUUACCAGCUACGAGCUCUGCACCUACUCCAGCCUGGUCGUCUACUCGGUCCUGGCCGGCUCCGUCUCUCUCAAGCGCGUCGACUUCAAGUCCAAGGUGGUCGACGCCCCCGAGAUCAAGGCCAUCCUCGGCGACGGCGAGGACAAGCUCCUGGCCCUCAGCGGCGCCCUCAGCGCCGGACCGGGAGCGGACGCACCCGGUGGCGCCAGCACGGCCUCCAGCGGCGGCAAGAAGACGGCCACCACCACGGCCGUCAACCUGACGACGCUCGGCUCCUCCAACACCGACAAGCCCGAGGCCGAGCUGGCCAUCGACUUCAGCCCUCUCGCCCUGCUCGUCACCAGCCUCUACAACGGCAACUACAAGACCUUCUUCCAGUCCCUCGCCCAGGUCGAGGAGCAGUUCCUCACCCAGGACCGCUACCUCUCCGAGCAUAAGAACUGGUUCAUCCGUGAGAUGCGCCUCUGCGCCUACCAGCAGCUUCUCCAAAGCUACCGCGUCGUCGGCCUCGACAGCAUGGCCAGUGAUUUCGGUGUCACAGUCGACUUUCUCGACCGCGACCUCGCCAAGUUCAUCGCCGCCGGACGUAUCCCCUGCACCAUUGAUCGCGUCACCGGCAAGGGCGUCAUCGAGACGAACCGCCCCGACGACAAGAACAAGCAGUACCAGGACGUUGUCAGGCAGGGUGACCAGCUCAUCACCAAGCUGCAGAAGUACGGUCAGGCCGUGCGGCUGAGGGGUAGCGAGAGGGCAUAA